CAGUGUGAAAGUCAAAUUUAGUAGGAUUUCAUGUAGGUAUUUUAAAUAUCGAGAGUUAAAUUACACCAAUUUUGAUUAAUAUUUUAAAAUAUUUAUCCUUUUUAUCAAACAAAGAAAUAAGGGUGUAACUGUCAUUUUCAAAUAACUUUAGGGUAAAUCUAUAUAUUUUUCCAGCCCAAAAAGAAAGUAACAAAUUACUGAUUCUAUAUUUGAAAACAAAUUGAAAAAAAAAAAACAUGCAAAAGGGUACCUCUAUGUAGAGUUUAGUGAAAAGGAUUGUGCAUGUGAUGCUGUCGGUCAACUUCAAAUUAGCUAUCCGUGGACAUGAUAUAUGUCCAGCGAUGAAGAGCAUUUGGCGUUCCAGAAAAUGCAUGGUUUUUCCACAGUUGACGGCUAUGUAGAGAUAACCAAGUCCUUGGCAGACAUGAUAAAGUUCAUUGCAAACGAGCCCUCAGCCGGACUUUACUACGUUCAACAGCAUACCCAGAGUGCAGUACCCAACCUUAUCAGUCUCACUAGCAAUAUCGAGGGAAAAUCUCGUCAAGUGACUUUGCACGCAGCAGAUUCAGAGGAUUCUAUCAUCACGAUCAGGUCAAUGAAGGAGUGCGGCCUCCCUAUUGCUAGCGAAAUGCUGAAAGGUCUCGGACAUUCUCUAGAUGUUGUGUCUGAGUAUCAGCCAAGAAGUAGAUUUAUAAGUCGACCAAGUUCAAGUUUCCGGAUAGGGAAAACUAUCUCGUGGAAUCCUGCUACUUGGGGUGGUCGAAACACAAGUCCAGAGCAAGACGGUGAGAAGAAUGCUGAUAGUAUUUCAAAUGUUUUCAGGUCAGCGAACGCGAGGAGUCCAUAGAUUCUAAACCAGCCAAGAAUGAGCCAUUCUGUGACCUGUUCUAAAGAAGCGACGUUAGCACCAGAUGUAGGGCCCAUUUUGUGGGUGGCGCUCCCAACAGGAUUUUCUCCAUAAGCAGGCUCAAACCCGAGAGCGCUGGUCAAGGGUGGAAACGUUGUUAUUCUUGAGCCAAACUGCUAAUGUGCUACAAGAUUGUGUACAUUUAAAUAAGAGCAUUUUCUAUGAUGAAUUUUGUUGUGAUACAAAAACAAUAACAACAACAUAUCCAGGCAUAUUCACAUAAAGUGUAAUUAGUUCUACCACUACCUCAGAAGUUCUGAGGUAGAGAGGUUGUUUUUGAUAGACCUCGUUUCACAAA